CGCGUAGUUUUUCUGCAUACAGAAUUGCAGUCGAUGACAAAAGAGCUCGUCCAGAUCCGCGAGCAGUUAUUAGAGAAAGAUGAAGAAAUUGUCGAACUCAAGGCCGAACGAAACAACACCAGAUUGUUACUAGAACAUCUGGAAUGCCUUGUAUCUAGGCACGAGAGGUCAUUACGAGUUACUGUAAUGAAACGGCAAGCACAGAGCCCGGCUGGGGUCUCAUCGGAAGUGGAAGUGUUGAAAGCUCUAAAAAGCUUGUUUGAACACCAUAAAGCUUUGGAUGAGAAGGUCAGAGAACGCCUAAGAGUUGCCAUGGAACGCGUAGCCACUCUGGAAGAAGAGCUUACAUCGAAAGGAGAGGAGAAUUCGGGGCUCAAAGCACGACUCGCCAUGGUUGCAGCCGAGGCUGAAGAAGCACAGGCCAAAGGCCAAAAGACGAAUGGUGCUUUGAGUAGCGAAUCAGCAGCACGCCUGGUAGAAAUGCAAGAAGCUUGCGAACGAAUGAAAGUCGAGUUGACAAAUAGCUUGAAACAAGUUCAGGAGCUUAGUGCAAGGAAUUCUGAGUUGGAAGCUCAGCUUUCAACAGCUCAGAAGGAUACGCAUGCGUGCCAGGAGCAGUUGACCAAGGUUAAAAAUCAAUUGCAUGAGGCUGAAGCACAACGCAACGACCAGGAGGCUCGAAUUUCAACGCUGGAAAGCCGUUUUCUGUCGGCGCAGAGGGAAGCAACGUGCAUCCGCGACUUGAACGAUAAGCUCGAACAUCAGUUGGCCAACAAAGAUGCAGCUGUGCGGUUGAAUGAAGAAAAAGUGCGCUCACUUCAAGAACGUCUUGAGCUGGCCGAGAAACAACUCGCACAGAGUCUCAAAAAGGCGGAAUCACUACCAUCUGUCGAGGCAGAAUUACAACAACGAAUGGAAGCACUGACUGCCGCUGAGCAGAAACAACUUUCUGCUGAAGAACGAGUUCAGCGGUUGGAGCGACAGGCCUUGGAAUCGUCAGCUGAGCUCGAACGAGCCGUCCAGAGAGAAAAGAUGAAUGAGGAACAUAGCCAACGCUUGAGCAGCACUGUCGAUAAGCUAUUAUCCGAGUCGAAUGAUCGUCUGCAGUUACAUCUGAAGGAGCGCAUGCAAGCUUUGGACGACAAGAAUCGUCUAACCCAGCAACUAGAGAACACGAAGAAAAUCUACGAUCAGGCCGAAAGGACGAAGGAGCGUCUCCAACGCGAUAAUGAUGCUCUACGACAAGAAAUCGAAGCUUUGCGCCAACAACUGUACAAUGCGCGAACAGCGCAGUUUCACUCCAGAAUGCACGCUGUUCUUCCACCACCUCUUCCGCUUACCGUUGUUCCUCAACCAUUUGCACAGAGCUCCUACACGAAUUCUACUCCUCCCGGCUAUGCCACCGUCGGAGUUCGGCGACCGAACAAAGGCAGGAUUGCUGCAUUGCAGGAAGAUCCAAGUAAGGUUCAAACGCUUAAUGAACAAGAAUGGGAUCGGUUACAACAGGCGCAUGUUCUCGCCAAUGUUCAGCAGGUCACAUUUUUU